GCCCAACCAAACCCAAAAUUUCCAUGUGAUCUUGUCAAGCUCUGAUCCGGCCCUCCGGUCUCUCGUCCCCUCCCAAUAGCAACCGCGAGAAGCCGAAACCCUCGCUGCGCUGCACCGAGCCAGCAAUGGCCGGAGAAGACGCCGCCGCCACCAAUUUCACUGAGCCACAGAAGGCCCCCAAGGAGGAGGAAGACGAGGAUGAAUUGGACAACGUUCCGCUCGCUCUUGUUAGAGGCAAGAAAGCGAGCAACGCGAGUGCCUCCAAGGUCAAGAAGGAGGAGGAGGACGAGGAUGAGCUUGACAACUUGCUGCUCUCGCAUUCAUGGGCAAAAAAGCAUUGCCUUGUUUUGUACGGAAAUGAGAAGCAGAAAAGCACUGCAAACAGCAAUGCCAAGGCUUCUAAAGUUAAGAAAGAAGAAAUUGACUCUGAUGAUGACUUCAAGCCAACGGUGCAGAAGAAAAGUGCAUCUGCCGCCAAGAUCUCCAAGGUUAAGAAAAUAAAAGAUGAAGAUUUGAAAGUUGAUAUCAAGGAGGAAAAGAAAAGAAAGAAGGGAGGAAGUGCCAAGGGAGAUGAAAAGAUGGGCGCUAAAAAGGGUGAUAAGGAGAAGGUGAAGAAAGAGAGGAAGGUGUAUGAAUUGCCAGGGCAGAAGCAUGAUCCUCCUGCAGAAAGAGAUCCAUUGAGGAUAUUCUAUGAAUCGCUCUACGAGCAGGUGCCCACUAGUGGCAUGGCUGCAACCUGGUUGAUGGAAUGGGGUUUGCUCCCGUUGGAUGUGGCUAGAAAAGUUUUUGAGAAGAAACCGGGCCAAAAGGUGAAGUCACCGGUCAAAACAACCUCUGCCAAGAGAAAGCCUGCUUCUCCAACCAAGAAGACACCGCCUUCCUCUGCUAAGAAGACAGGCUCGGCUACAAAUAUUGCUGGAAAAACGACGUCACAAAAGAAGAGGAAGGCAAGUAGUGACACAGAUGACGACGACGACGAUUUCAUGUCACAAAAGAAGAGGAAGGCAAGUAGUGACACAGAUGACGACGAUGACGAUUUCAUGGCUCCUAAGACGAAGACCAAAAGGCAAAAGGCCUCUAGUUAGGACUUAGGCAUCUCAUCCUUAGCAAUGAGACGUGUUCGUCUGACAUUGCUACAUCAGGAUAACCUUAGGAAAUGAUGAGAGAAUUGUUCCUUCCACCUAGCAAUGGAAAUGGGCACCUGGAGCAGAACUGCUGAAGCGAAGUGGUACACCUAUUCAAUGUCUAGAAGUACCCGAGUUUUGUUGAACUCUAGUAUGUUAGCGGCUUCUCAGAUUCAGAACGAAGGGAAAAAUGUUGCGAACUGUUGUUUUGCUGC